AUGCAAUGUCUAUUGCGAGAACAGCCUCGAUCGCUGGCACUCGCAAAUAGAGAAUAUGCUCUGGUCUUUCAUUCUGUCCCUCAAAACAAGAAUUCAUUGUCCGUUUGUAUAGCAGAAUUUGUAUCUCUUAGUGAAAAACCACUUGAUGGUUUUCGGAGGAUUUCUAAUCGCCCCAUUUACGGGACACUAGGUCUCAUUGAACUUGAGAAUUCAAACUUUUUGUGUGUUAUUACAGGUGCUAGCGAGGUCGCUCGUAUACGAGAAGGUGAACGAAUUUUUCGUAUAACAGAGGUUUGCUUUUAUAGUGUGAACCGUCCCACUUGGGAUCACAUUCGUCAAGAAGGGAAUUCGUUAGACACCGGAGAUGGAUACGAUUCAGAAGCUCCAGGUUAUGAUGCAUCCAGGUAUACUUCAGAACCAUUUGGAAGUUUGAGAAAGCUUUUAACAAACGGAACUUUUUAUUUUUCCCUAGACUUUGAUAUAACUUCUCGUUUACAGUUGCGCACUUCACAUGCUUAUACGGAUCUUCAGUCAGACACUAUGCACGAACAAUUUAUGUGGAACGAGUUUAUGCUUCGUCAGUUGUUUAAAUUUCGUUCCCAUUUAAAUUCUCACGAAAAAGACGUGAUGGAUGCAUGCUGUUUUUAUACUUGCGUUAUUCGUGGCUUUUCAGGUACGGAACCUUUCAAGCUGGGGAUGCAAAAUGUGCGACUUUCACUCAUAUCAAGAUUGUCAUCUUAUCGUGCAGGUACAAGAUUUCUUGCCCGUGGUGUUGAUGAUGAUGGCAAUGUUGCCAACUACGUUGAAACAGAAACCAUUCUUGAUACUCCAAAUUAUUCAGUGAGCUUUGUUCAAGUUCGAGGAAGCAUUCCUAUCUUUUGGGAACAAGAAGGUGUGCAGAUGUUCGGGCAGAAAAUUGACAUCACCCGUUCUUUUGAAGCAACCAGAGCAGCUUUUGAAAAACAUUUUAGUGAUAUAAUUAAAGAAUAUGGUCCCGUCCAUAUCGUCAAUUUGCUCGGCACUGGUUCAGGAGAACGUUCUUUAUCUGACAGACUGCGACAGCAUAUCCAAUAUUCACCGGAAAAAGAGUUAAUUCAUCUUACUGAGUUUGAUUACCACUCCUUAAUUCGUUCAUUUGAGGAUGCAAAUAAAAUUCGCCCUAUGCUUUACGGUGAUGUUGAGUCUUUUAGCUUUUAUUCUGAAAAGCGAAAUGGAGAAGCAAUGGUAACGCAGGAUGGUACUUUUCGAACAAAUUGUCUGGAUUGCCUUGACAGAACCAAUGUUAUUCAGAAUCUUAUUUCUAGAAUGAUACUAGAAAAUGUGAUGAUACACACUCGACAAAACGCUGGUUAUGAUUUUUGGCAAAUACAUUCUACUCUGUGGGCAAAUAACGGUGAUGCGUUAUCUCAUAUUUACACCGGUACCGGUGCUUUGAAGUCUAGUUUUACUAGAAAAGGAAAACUAAGUUUGACAGGUGCCUUGAACGAUUUGUCUAAAAGUGUGGGACGCAUGUAUAUUAAUAAUUUUCAGGAUAAAGGAAGACAAGAGACCAUUGAUUUAUUACUUGGACGUUUGAUAGACCAGCACCCAGUAAUCUUAUACGAUCCUAUUCAUGAAUAUGUCAAUCAUGAAUUAAAAAAGCGAGAAAAUGAGUUCUCGGAACAGAAGAAUAUAUCAAUUUUUGUAGCAAGUUAUAAUUUAAAUGGAUGUCUCCCUACUUCCGACUUAGAAAAAUGGCUUUUCCCUGAUGACAAUCCCAUGGCUGAUAUUUAUGUCGUUGGUUUUCAGGAAAUCGUCCAACUAACUCCUCAGCAGGUAAUAAACGCUGAUCCUGCAAAGAGGCGUGAAUGGGAAACUUGCGUAAAGCAAUUACUAAACAGUAAAGCUAAAUAUGGCACAAACUACGUCCAAUUGCGGUCAGGUCAGUUAGUUGGUACAGCUAUGAUAGUCUUUGUGAAAGAGUCUUGUCUACCGAGCAUCAAAAAUGUGGAGGGAACACUUAAGAAAACAGGACUGGGGGGCGUUUCCGGUAACAAGGGAGCUGUUGCUAUUCGUUUUGAUUUUGAAGAUACUGGCAUCUGUUUUAUUACUUCGCACCUUGCUGCCGGCCAUACAAAUUACGAUGAAAGAAAUCAUGACUACCAGACCAUUGCUAAUGGCUUAAGAUUUAAGCGAGGUCGCUCAAUAUUUAAUCAUGACUACGUUGUAUGGUUUGGAGAUUUCAAUUAUCGUAUUUCUUUGACAUAUGAAGACACAUUAUACUGCAUCGAACAAGGAAAGCUACAGAAUUUGUUUGAAAACGAUCAACUGAAUAAUCAAAUGCUGACAGGUGAAGUAUUCCCUUUCUUCUCUGAGUUACCUAUUACAUUUCUUCCUACCUACAAAUUUGAUAUAGGCACCGAUAUAUAUGAUACCUCAGAUAAACAUCGGGUUCCAGCUUGGACAGACCGAAUUCUGUAUCGAGGGGAAUUAAAACAAACUGCCUAUAAUUCUGCCCCUUUAUAUUUUUCUGACCAUCGUCCUGUUUAUGCAUCGUAUGAUGCAAGCAUUGUCAAAAUCGACAAAGCAAAAAAGAAAAAGCUUUUUGAAGAAAUUUAUAUGCAAAGGAAGGUUGAGGUACGGGAUGCCAAUAGUACUUCGUAUACCUUAAUUGAUAUUUCCGGUUCUGUUGCCGAAAAGCCCAAUUUAAUUCCUUACGUGCCUGCCAACGGUAUGGAUAAGCUCAAGAAGCCAAGUCUCGACAACAGAAAAUGGUGGUUUGAAGACGGCUUACCUGCUCGAUCGAUUGCAGCCCGACCCGGAAAUGACUAUCAACUUAACCCAGACCGACCGGUUAAUCCUUUUACACCAAGUAAAGAACCUGAUUGGAUUAAGCCUGAAAAAUGUUUGACUUUAGAAAAUAGACAAGAACAAGAUCCAGCAGUAAAUUCUCAGUCGAAUCCUUUGCAUUCCUUGGAUGCAAGUCAUCCGGCUUUAAUUCCUCAGCAAUCGCCAUCCAAACCGACAAAACCCUCAAAACCAGAGCGUUUAGCAGCUCCUCGAAUGAAACCAGCCCUACCUCCAAGGUCAAAUCCUUCUUCUUCGAAUUCUACGUCUUUACGUUCUUCACCUAGCAAUAUUCCACCCACUCCACCUCCUAGGAAAUCGACGAAUACCACGCCUCAACCGGACCUGUUAGGCUCUUCGCCUGAAGAUAGCAAACUAACGUGGAAGCCACUUGUGUAA